AGCCCCAGCAGUCAGUCCGUUCAUGAUGAUGCUGGCGCUGGGCACCGCCCUGUGUGGGGCUGCCAGCUUCCCGCACGCCCAUGCAUUCGCUCCGUCCGCGAUGCUCUCAUCGGCAGCCUCGAACGCCUUCGUCUCGAGACGAGGUUUUGUGUCGUCUUCGACCGAGUCUGUAGAGAAGCGGUUGACCCAGGCAGCAGCAGCCGCAGGCAACGCUGCUGCCAGGAGUACUGCUGCUGCCACCCAGCGGAGACGAAGGCAGCAGCAAGGCGGCGGCGGCGGCGGCGGUAGUGGUGGUGGCAUGGUGAUGCUGUUCGAUUUCAUCAAGAAGCGUGCGCAGGAGGGGGUGGAGCAGACGCAGAACCUGGUAACCGCGGCGCAGACCGGGCGGCUCGACGAGGCGCUGAAGGAGACUUCGGCGUACGUCAAGGACAGGAACGCAAAGUUUUCGGACGGCCUCGCGCAGAGCCGGCUUCGCUUUGUGGGAGACCUGGAGAACCUGUUCGGCAUGGCAGGCCCGCUGGAGGAGACCCUCGAAAAGCUGGAGGAGGCGUUGUUGCAAGCUGAUCUAGGAGCUACGACCUCUUUCCAGAUCAUCGAGGACCUCAGGAACACGGCCAAGGCCGAGGACCGACGCUUGGAGCCCGAUGACAUCAAGUCCGUGCUACGGGCAACCCUGAUCCAGGUGCUCAACGGCGGCACCAUGCCUUCCGCCGAGGGCGGAGGCGACACUGCGGCCAUUACCUUCGCCGACCCGUCUUUGGGGGUCCCGUCGGUGCUGUUCUUCAUGGGGGCCAACGGGAUGGGAAAGACCACCACGGUGGGCAAGGUGGCCUCGCGACUGCGAGAGGACGGGGGCCAGAAGGUGCUUCUUGCGGCCGCGGACACGUUCAGGGCAGCGGCGGUGGAGCAGCUGAACGAGUGGGCAGAGCGGUCGGGGGCGGACAUCGUGGUGCCUCUCGACAAGGACGAACGGCCUCCGUCCGUGGUGGCGAGGGCGGCGGAGAAGGCGGUGUCCGAGGGCUACGACGUCCUCAUCGUCGACACCAGUGGGCGAUUGUCGAACAACUACAGCUUGAACGAGGAGCUCAAGGACAUGAAGAAGGCGCUCUCAGACAGGAUCCCGGGGGCCCCGCACGACACCCUGCUGGUGGUAGACGCCUCCGUGGGUAGGAACGCUGUGGAUCAGGCCAGGACGUGGAAGCAAGAGGUGGGAAUCUCGGCUUUGGUGGUGACCAAACUGGAUGGAACCGCCCGAGGGGGAUUCGUGGUUAGCAUCGUCAGCGACCUGGGGGUACCCGUCAAGCUCAUCGGCGUCGGGGAGUCGCUGUACGACCUGAGGGACUUCGAGCCGGUGCUGUUCGUGGACUCGCUGCUGGGCUACUCGCCGGAGGACGCCAGUCGGUUACAGGCCAUCUUCGAGGCUAACCCUGUCAUGCAGGCACGGAUGCUGGAGAGGAUGAAAAAGGCCCAACAGGCUGCGGAGCCGUACGUCCCGCCCAAGCUCGAGAGCUACGUCGAGCCGGCGUCGAAAUCCAGGAGAAAGACCAAGGCCUCUAAGGGGGGCAAGAGGACUAAGAGAAAAAAGCGAUGACGGAGAGAAACGCGACGUGUGCCAUGGUUUGCCGUUCCGUUCCACCCCGGAACACACGCGUUCAGUCAAUCUACAGUAGGCGGGUAGGCCCUGUUUGUGGAGCCCCCAAAUAUAGGCAAGCUAGGGGGGUGCUCCGUGGUAAAUUGUGAGCCGCUGGAGGGUGUGAGCUUCUGGGGGACCGUAUAAAAUAUAUUCGAGGUUCCGGGGAAAGGAACGGGAGGGUGUCCGGGAUUUGUCCGUCGAACCCGCUCCUGGUACGUGUGGUCCAUUCCCCCCGGCGUUGAGGUCAGACCAUGCGGGAACCGCUCUGUACCUUUUUUUCGCCGGAAGUUGAUGGCUCCUUCCCUUGCAAACGAUAUAAUGCGUUCGCGAGGCUUGCUGGUGAUAAUUUUGUUUCGUGAAGCCGGUCGCCCGUGUAUGGCAUAGAUUGUUCGUAUCCCCUCAACGUUGUGUUCUAGGGUACAGCAAGGUUUGGAGAUCCAGGCGAGGCGUUUUCAUUGCUCGCUCACGCGCACUGCGGGAUAACUAUAUAUUUGCGUCCCUAGAACUGCCCAAAUCUGAACGUUC